GAUAUACUAUCGAUAGACCUUGCUCGCGGCGAAUGUGCGAAUGUGUGACGCGACUUACAAAUUUAUUUUUACAUUUUAAAUAAAUAAGUUAAAAUAAAGUAUGCCAGAUGCCGAACAAUUGCCCGAGGGCUGGGAGAAGCGCACCAGCCGUUCCACAGGCCUAAGCUAUUACCUCAAUGUGCACACCAAGGAAUCGCAGUGGGAUCAGCCCACGGAGCCGGCUAAGAAAACCGGAGGAGGAGGAUCCGGCGGCGCAUCCGCGGCUGGAGGAGAUGGCCCCGACGAGGUGCAGUGCCUGCAUCUGCUGGUGAAGCAUAAGGGCAGCCGGCGACCCAGUUCGUGGCGGGAGGUGAACAUCACCCGCACCAAGGAGGAGGCCCAGCUGCUCCUGGAGGUCUACCGCAACAAGAUCGUCCAGCAGGAGGCCACCUUCGACGAACUGGCCCGCUCCUAUUCCGAUUGCAGUUCCGCCAAGAGGGGCGGCGACCUGGGAAAGUUCGGCAGAGGUCAGAUGCAGCCGUCAUUCGAAGAGGCUGCUUUCAAAUUGAACGUCGGCCAGCUGUCGGGGAUCGUCGACAGCGAUUCCGGCUUACACAUUAUCCUGCGCAAGUCCUAAAGACUCCUCGACCACCGGACCACAGCUCACGUCACUUAACAUAAAUAAAACGGAAUUUACAGCCAUUUCAAUAUA